AUGGCCCCCAAAGUCCUCGUCGUCCUCACGUCGCACGACCAGCUCGGCGACACGGGCCGCAAGACGGGAUGGUACCUGCCCGAGUUCGCGCACCCGUACCACGAGUUCCAAGCAGCGGGAAUCGAAGUGACCGUCGCGUCUCCACUCGGCGGCGCCGCGCCACUCGACCCCUCAUCGAUCGACGCAGCCAAGGAUGACAGCGUGUCGGUCGCGUUCCUCGAGGGCAGUAAAGCGCUCUGGGCGUCGACAACGAAGCUGAGCACGCUGCUCGAGGCCGACGCAGCGUCGCAGUUCGACGCCAUCUUCUACCCGGGCGGCCACGGGCCCGUGUUCGACCUGCCGGUGGACGCGGCGUCGCAGGCGCUAAUCAGCCAGUUCGCUUCGCAGGGCAAGGUGGUGGCUGCCGUGUGCCACGGGCCGGCCGUGUUUGCGAACGUGACGCUACCGUCGGGCGAGCACCUUGUGAAAGGCAAGGCCGUGACGGGCUUUUCGAACGCCGAGGAGGAGCAGAUCGGGCUUUCCAAGGCGCUGCCGUUCCUCCUCGAGGACAAGCUGGUCGAGGCGGGCGCGACGUUUUUGAAGGCUGACGAGCCGUGGGGCGCCAAGGUAGUUGUCGAUGGCAAGCUCAUCACCGGGCAGAACCCCGCGAGCGCGAAGGGCGUCGGCGAGGCGAUUGUCAAGGCCAUCAGUGCCUAG